CGUUGUCCAGGAGUCCUGGGCGGGAGGCUGGGGGUGAGCCAUCCCCACUGCCCCCGCCUGGCGCCCGCCUCCCGCCCCCGCCCGCAGCCUGCAGCGCGCAUCCCUUGCCGCCCAGGCUCCCGGGAGCCGCACCGGCCGAGCCGCGGAAGCCGCGGACAGCGCCAGCCGCCGCUGCGGGAACUGCUGUGGUUGCACCAUGCGGGAGCUGGCCAUCGAGAUCGGGGUGCGAGCCCUGCUCUUCGGGGUCUUCGUUUUUACAGAAUUUUUGGAUCCCUUCCAGAGAGUCAUCCAGCCGGAAGAGAUCUGGCUCUAUAAAAAUCCUUUGGUGCAGUCAGACAACAUACCUACUCGCCUCAUGUUUGCGAUUUCUUUCCUCACACCUUUGGCUGUUAUUUGUGUGGUGAAAAUUAUCCGGCGAACGGACAAGACUGAAAUCAAGGAAGCCUUCUUAGCGGUGUCCUUGGCUCUUGCUUUGAAUGGAGUCUGCACAAACACUAUUAAAUUAAUAGUGGGAAGACCUCGCCCCGAUUUCUUUUACCGCUGCUUUCCAGAUGGAGUGAUGAACUCGGAAAUGCACUGCACGGGUGACCCUGACCUGGUGUCCGAGGGCCGCAAAAGCUUCCCCAGCAUCCAUUCCUCCUUUGCCUUCUCGGGCCUCGGUUUCACAACAUUCUACUUGGCCGGCAAGCUGCACUGCUUCACCGAGAGUGGGCGGGGCAAGAGCUGGAGGCUUUGUGCCGCCAUCUUGCCCUUGUACUGCGCCAUGAUGAUCGCCCUGUCCCGCAUGUGUGACUACAAGCAUCACUGGCAAGAUUCUUUUGUCGGUGGAGUGAUCGGCCUCAUUUUUGCCUAUAUUUGCUACAGACAGCAUUACCCACCUCUGGCUAACACGGCAUGUCAUAAACCAUACGUCAGUCUCCGAGUUCCCACCACGCUGAAGAAGGAGGAGAGGCCUACAGCCGACAGUGCGCCCAGCUUGCCUCUGGAGGGGAUCACCGAGGGCCCUGUAUGAUGGGUGUCCAGGGAGGAUGGACGCUGAGCUCCCAACAUGUUCUCACACCCUGAUGUCAUAACACAGUGGAAAUGAUUUUCUAUAUUGUGGUCCUCAUCGGUUAUUUCUGAAAAGUCUCCUUUCUGCUUCCGUUCUGUCAACGGUGUUCCUGCUGGUCUCCACGUCUCCUUUAUCUUCUUUGAAUUUGCAAGGUUUGGAUACCAGGACCGGACUCUGAGAGACCCACACACCCAGAAGGAGGAUGCAAAGGUGGGGUGGGUGAGCUCGCUCAGCCUGUGAUUCCUCCACCUGCAGUGUUUGCUGGAGUGCCUGCCCUUCUUUGUGUUCAUGUUGUGAAAUAUAAUAAAAUCUCUCACCCAGAA